CCACUGCGAAUAACUAAAAGGAAGCUAGAUUAAUUAGGGAAUCAGUGGUGGCAGCAUUGAAAUAGGGUAAAAUAAAUAACGAUGGCGGACGAACCUUUACCAGCCGGCUGGGAAAAACGAUUGAGUAGGUCAACCGGUCAGCAUUAUUAUUUAAAUGUGUAUACAAAAGAAUCCCAGUGGGAUGUUCCUGAUAAGCCAGCUGAGCCCGUAUCUUCAAGCGGUCCUGAACAAGUACAAUGCUCACAUUUACUCGUAAAACAUAAAGAUUCUAGAAGGCCUUCAUCUUGGAGAGAAGAAAAUAUCACACGAUCUAAAGAAGAAGCACUGGAUUUAGUGAAAUCUUAUCGAGAACAAAUUGCUCAAGGAAAAGCAUCUUUUGCAGAAUUAGCAUCGAAAUACUCAGAUUGUUCUUCGGCGAAAAGAGGAGGUGAUUUAGGUCCUUUUGGAAAGGGAGCUAUGCAAAAACCGUUUGAAGAAGCUGCUUUUGCACUCAAAGUCGGGGAAUUAUCUGAUCCAGUAUUUACAGAUUCCGGUGUGCAUAUUAUUUUACGUACAGUUUAAUUUCACCUAAUUCAUUUCCAAAUAAGGAUUACUACAAUUCAGAUAUACUAUUUAAGCUAAAACUUCCAUUUCCAGAUUGUUAAUAAUAAAUUACUUUGUUGAAUAUUGAGCUUUUAAUAUUUGACAAGUUUUUAAUAAUCCACUUUGUAUUACAAGACUAGUUAUAGUUUAAUUCAAUCUGAUGUAUAUUUACCAGCAUUUAUCAAUUCUUUAUUCCAAUAAUUCACUUUUUAAUUUUUGUAUAGCUACAAAUAUAUAUAUUAGUGAAAAAUA